UUGUCAUUUAACAAAUGCUUUCAUCCUGAUUUACAAAAAGGAAAUGAAAGAAGCAAGAAACAAUGUUUAAUCUUUACUCUCUUUAAUCUUUAAAUAAAACAUCACAAUAUGUCCUUCUCUCACCAUAGACAUCCUGGUGAGUGUGUGUGGUUGAUCUCAGCAGCCUCAUGUAAAGCAGCCUCCCUCCUCUUACUGAUGGAUGCUGGGAUGUGGGUGAGGCUGCAUGCCUGCGGUGCAAUGAAGCCACACAGGUUGACCCAGCCGUCACUAGGGUUGGCCAUCGUUUGGAUUUUAACAAUUCUGAUUCAGAUUCAGAUUAUGCUUAUCGAUUUAGAUUCUGGAACUUCUGAUUCUUUGAGGGGCAGGGAAAAAAAGAGGACAGGUUGCCGUGGGUCGUAACCACGGUGAUAGCACGCCCCCUUCAUUCCUAAAACUCUCAGCCCGAAAUGGGCUCAAUGGCACCGUCACUCUUUGGGUGCCUAAAUGUCGGGGUAUUAACCUCUGCGAUCACCACGUAACCAUCAUGUGCAUCUGCCCACGAACAGAAUAAGUUUGCACAGGUUUUGCAUCGUGCAGAACACGUCAUUGUUAUUUACAUAAUGGAGCCAGGCCGAUUUUGUUGCCAGGGUGCAACGCCUGCUGUGGCAGUAAGCCCGAUUCCGACCCUGCAGUAAACCUGUUUUAUACACAAUAAAACAAAUAGCUUAUGACAGGUGAAAACACAUGAACAGGUAAACACAGGCACGUCUAUCCGUCAAGCUGGCAGUCAGUAUCCAUAGCAGCAGCUAGAGUUCUCGCAACAAAAUUGUAAUUGAUUAUAAUUAUUUGGUUAAUGAUGUAUCAAAGUACUUUUUUUCUUCUGAAGAUGAUUUCACCAAUAUUGAUACAUUUAUAAUUAGUGAGGUGAAGGGGAAAAAAAAAAUAUUUCCUGAACAUGAAGCCUAUAGUUUGGAGUUGGAUCUUUUGCUGAACAAUAACCCAAUAUACUCCUGUGAUGUGGAAGUUAAAAUAGGUGGAUAUUCAAAUGAUAAUUUGAGAUAUCAUCUUUCUAACGUAGAUCUCUAUCUCUAUCUCUCUCACACACAUGCACGCACGCACGCACGGCUGAGGAUGCAACAAUGACAACAAGACUUGGUAGUACUCUGUCACCCAGCCCACAUGAGAAGAAGCCACCACCCACAUGAGAAGGAAAGCCAGCAUCCUUCUCUUCGGCAAAGAACAUAAAGAACUGUUUCAGGAAGUGUUUCAUCAUUCAUGUCUGGACUCAUCGAAACGAUGGAGAUGAUAUUUUUAUUGCUGGGAUUUCUCUUCUUUGUCAAAGGUUGUACUGGCCUUACUCUUUAUGGAGAGGUCGGAGGGACGGCCGUAUUUCAAUGCAACUCAACUAUGGAGAACAUCAAUUCUAUUUACUUUCAAGGAGGCCCAGGUUUUACUGAUUUUAUAAUUGGAUAUCAUAAGACGAAGAACCUCACUGGGCCCAGUCGACCUGACACCUACUUGAACCAUGUGGAUAAAACGGUAACCUUUUGGAAUCUAACCGUCUCAGACGAAGGGACAUACAAAUGCGUCAUAGACCAUGGGGUCGGCCGUGGAAUUACUGAAGACACUACAACAAGACUCAUCCUAAUUGAGCGCCCUCCGACGCCCAGUAUAGAGACCCAGCCACUGUGUAAUGUCAGUUGUGCUCUGAGGUGUACCGCGGACACCACCGAUCUGGGACCGGUCUCCUACGAAUGGAAGAAAGACGAAGGAGAGUGGACCGAGGGUGACGCGCUGAAGAAUAUCAGCAGUUCUGAUACCCCUGAGAAGUUCUUCUGCAGGCUGAAGACCCGUGUGAGGACCAGCAACACCAGCCUGCCCAUGGAAAAUCCACUCUAUAAACCAGUACCAGAUGUUGGGAUGAUUAUCGGAAUAAUUAUUGCCAUAUUAUGCAUUUUUGCUCCAAUUGCAGUAAUGGUGAAGUGUUGUCCGAGCAAUCCACUUUCUAUGUUAAUCCUCCGGAAUGAUUUUCUGAGGAGACGCAUAUUCUGUAACCAGCAACGACCCCAAUCAGCCCCACAAGCCGAUCCAGUAUCAGCAAGCGAAGAAGUCGCAGAACGUGAGAUUCUCGUGCCUCAGCCGCCCGUUGCUGAGGAUUUGGAGUUGGAAACGUUGAAUAAUACAAAUUCAAAUGAAAACAUGUAAGUAGUCACCCAGAGUGGCCUCUACAUUGUUGCCGUCUGCGCAUCUACUAGGCCGCCACUGAAUGUCCAACACCUGGAACACGUUGAUGGGACUACAGACCACUCCAUGUUGCUCUCAACAAGAGCAAUGAGGUCGCUGCACUCGACAGAUCAUUUGUCAAUAUUCCAACAAAGAUCAGACACAUGGAUGUCUGCUGCAACACACGCGUGGCUGAAAGUGGACAAUGACUUCCUGUUUUCCACACAGGUUGAUGAAAUUAGCCUUUGAUGCAACAGAGGGGAUGUUUUAGAUUUUUUUUAGUAUUUAUUUAGCUUGCUGUUUUUUGAUUGUUUUGUUGUCCUGGGACAAACUGAUCAAGUGGAGCUAUCUAGCCUUCUCAAUCUUCUGUGGGGCUAACGCCACUGCAUUGAAAUAAGGUAUCUGGAUUUCUUGCCCCUGAAUUUAACUCUUACAAUUUCCAAUAAAUCAUUAUCAGCUUUAUUUUUCAAUGUUAAAAGAACAGUCUUCCCUGGCGCCGUUUCGGUGGCAUCUCUCAUAAAGAGCUACAGUCAGUGUUUAAUGGCGUUGAUUUACCUUUGAGCAUUUCCUAUUAUAGGCUACUGUGUAAAAUGCUGUUUAGAAUUAAUAUUUAUAUCAAGAAAGAAAGAACCAGCGAGUGACGCUCUUAUUCCUGCUCUCCUUGCUUCUAGCUUCUAGGAUCGUGGGGAUUUUUGACACUUAUUACAAGAUGAACCUUAAAAUAUGACUUAGGCAAAUAUGCUAUGGGGCUAACAACAUAAAAAUACUUGUUUCUGUACCUUUUGCUUGAUCUGGUCUGUAUGUUGUUGUUCCCUGCGCCCAUAUUUAGUACUCUGUAAGACUUGCCUAUUUACAAAAAUAGCCAGGAAACCACACCGUAACCACACCGCAAACUACAGGCAGGUUUAUGUAAUGAGCUCCAUCCGGCUCAUCUGGGUCAAUAUGGGCCGUCUAUGGACUGAAUGGAUGCGAGGUGACUGUGAGAUUCACACAUAAUAAUAAUUAACAAAAUAAGCAUGAGCAACUUUGUUGUAAUUUUAUAACUUUACUGUACACAUAACAGUGUGUGCCGAUAAGUCAAUGGGCUAUGUUUUUUUUUUUUUGUUAUUUAAAAAGGUAUGGUUAGUCUGUAGAUAGUUUUGUAAUUGAUUAGUUGGGUAUGUUGACCCUGGUUAAAGUCCAGUUUAUAGCUGUUUUUUAUUGUGUGGUAUAUUUGCACUCCAAACUCUGUAAAACCAGUAAAGCUACCUCGUUGGGGUCUCAUGGUUUAGGCCCAAAAUAUUUAACUGAUAUGCUUCCAUAAUAUAAGCCUUCUAGACCACUAAGAUACUAAGAGACCAAUCUGUUAAUUAUCCCCAGAGUAAACACGAAACAUGGGAAAGCAGGAUUUAGUUACUAUGCAACAAAUAGCUGGAAUAAAUUCCCUGAGGAUUUAAGAUUUGCCACAACUCUGAGCACCUUUAAAAUAAGACUGAAGACUUUUGUUUGCUUUAGCUUUCUGCUAAAUCUUAAACACAUUGCACUUUCUAAAAAGCUUUUUUAACUUUGCCUUUAUUUUCUAUUUUAAUACUAAAAUGCCUUUUUAACUUUCUAUUUUACUAAUUUCUUUGCAUGUUUUCUUUUACGUAUCUAUUAUUUAAUUUUAUUGUAUGACAAUGUUUAUAUGUGAAGCACUUUGAGUCUGCCUUGUGUAUGAAAAGUGCUGUAUAAAUAAAGUUGCCUUGCCUUGCCUUGCCUUAUGGCAGGGAACAUUGCUUCAGUGAAUAAACAUAACGUCAAUAAAACUUUGAUAGCCUACAUUAACUCGUCCUUGAAUCGAUUUCUGCAUGAGUAAUUUUCCCCGGAAAAGGGGGUGAUAAGAAACAAAACUCCCAUGUUCCGACACUACUUCAAGAGGUCGACAAACUAGGUGUAUUGUGAUUGUCUUGAUUGAGGGGCUCCUGUCGGCAGAAGUUACAUUUACCAUUCAGUUCCUUAGAAAAUAUUCUAAUAAAAUGUAAGUAAUUAAACCUUUACUAUGUAACUUAGUGCCUUAACAAUAUUAAAAUCAAUAUACAGUAUCUGAACAAGUAAAUUCAUCCACUUCAUUCCACCUAGACCUAUUCACAACAUUGUAGCUUUGAAUUACAAGUCUGCUUUUGUCUCUUGGUCAUGAUGUCACGUGCA